UUAAAAUACCUUACUCGUUGCGUUAACCCUCAGUCGUGGUCAAGUUUCGCUUCUGUGCGUUUGCCGAGUCUCAACUUGUGAAACGUUCGCAUUUGUGGCAAAAUAUUUUGUAUUACAGAUUUCCAUAGAAACUUGUUUCGAUUGAUAUCGAGGGCUUUAUUCUGAAUUUUAAUUUCAACGAGAUAAUAAAAUAGUCCAAAAAUCAAGAUGAUGGCAAACCCAACAAUGGAACUGCAACCCGAAGAGACUCCAUUAGCGCUGCUACGCCUUUGGCAUCUAACUCGUGCCCGUCUAGCUGGUACUUCUACUUUGGAUGAGGAACCGGCCUUGGUUGAUACAUUGCCUUCGGCUCAGGAAGCGGAGGAUACUCCAAAAAUCUGUAUACCAAAUCCAAGUGACUAUGAAAGCGAUGGCGAGGAGGCUUUUCAGGAAACAGAUAUAAAUGAUCAGCAUGAACAUUCAACCAAACCCUCAUGGGCUAUAUGGUCAGAGAGUACAUUUGGAAAGGAGGUUGUCUUGGAUGCAAGUACUCUAGGAGACAUUCCCGCCGUGUACCGUGUACCAGCCCCAGCCAUCCACGAAAUGCCUGUCAUUGGAGUCUACAUCGAUCCUCGAGUUAGAACCGGCUUCAGAUACAAAAUUAGACCAAUGCAGACUUUGGACAGCCUUCCUCUAUCCAUGAAGCCGAGGUACUUGUUCGGUGGAAAAGCCCUUACUCUGCAGUCAAUUGGACGUGGAUAUGCUCGGCGGAUGACAUUUGAGCCUGUGGAUUCAACUUUGAAUAAUAAUGACAACUAUUUUUGGACUGACUCUCGACCAGAAGGAUUUGUUUUUGAAAUUGAAGCAGUUUCUGCGGGUGACAAAUUCACUAUUUAUGACGCCAACCAUGAACCGCAGGGAAUAUUAGAAGUUGUACAACAACAGAAAAAUCAAAUUGAACUGGAGCAAAAAAUCAUUGAAGACGGAUCUAUUGAGAAAAAAGUGAAAGUAAACACAAUGUGCAAGGUGGAAUGGUAUGAAAACGACGGAAUAACUAAAUUAGUGCCAGUGACUGGCAUUGCAAUUCUUAAGAAAGGACGGGGGAAUGCGGUUGUUUCUAGAAUUGUUAACGUCGCUAUUGGAAUUAAGCAGCUGAAGAAGGGUUACGAACUUAAGCCAGGAGUCAAAACUUCGUCACGAAGAAUAACUGUGAAUGGUACUGAUAUUAAUGACAUUCCAUGUCAGUAUUCUAUAGUAGGUCUUGAACGAUAUGAACUUCCUGUUAUUGGAACAUACGUUGAUCCUCGAAUUAUUCCCGGAUUCCACUACCGAGUGAGACCAGCUAGCAGCCGUCGUCAUCUAUUCGAAGGUCGCAGCCUGUUAUUACAGUCCGUUGGCAUGGGCUACGGAAAACGCAUCACUUUCAAACCCGAUACACUCAAUGCACCAGAAAAUUACUUCUGGUCAGAUUCUCAUCCUGAAGGAGUUGGAAUGGAACCACGUGCUGUCCAUCCUGACAUGCAGUUCAUUAUCACAGGAAACGGAGGCAAAAUCGGUGAAGCAUCCGUCUUUCGUGCUGAUUUACCUCAAAUCGAAGAGAAAACGGAAUAUGUUGACGUGCCAGGAAAGCAAGGAAAAGCAAUUGAAAAGUAUAUUCAAGUACAUGUCACAUGUCACGUGACUCUGGCUACGACGGGUGGUGGCUUGGUUGAUUCUGAAGUACAUCUCAUGAAAGUCUCGGGUACAGCAUUGGUUCGCAAAGAACCGGGAGAACCUGUUGCCAAACUACUGAAAGUAUUUAAUGUUGGUUUGGAUUCCCAACUCAACUUAUUGUUCGCCCACUCGCAAACUGAGCUUACUUUCCAUCCUCUACCUUAAAAGCAAAAGAGGCUAGAACGGUGUUGCAGUAUACGUGAUGGUACACCAACCUUACGGAAUUGUAUUGUAAUACCACAAAUACCCCCCUGGCGCGAUGAGGCUUCGUCAAAUAUCAUGCUAUUUGUGUACGAGUUUGCAACCGAUAGGACGUCAAUGUUUAUUGUACGAUUGCUUCUGAUAAUAUGGUUGUAGAUUCGUUUUAGCAGUUUGCUGAACUGCUUUGAAGGUAUGAGAACAUCUGCAAAUAUCUGCUGAAAGAUAAGUGUUAUAGAAUGUUAACUUUAUUUUGAUUUUUCUUUUAUAUAAUCGUCUUAUUGUUUUUAUAUAAGUUUAUGGUAAUGAUUUAGUAGGAGUCUUGUAUUUUUUAUUUUUUGACUGUAAACCUCUUGAUGUAACGUAUUUUGUUUUAUCGGAGAGAGUAGCAAAAGACUAUACUCGUCUAUGUUAAUUUUGAAUGAAAAUUCAAUGUAGCUUCUAUAUCAAUUAUUCUGUCGAUAUAAUUUUUAUUGUGUUCUCAUUAAUUGUAUUAAAUUGCUAAUUAAAUCAAGUUGAAAUAUUA